UUCGUGUAUUUAUUUGGGAUGAAAAGCGCAUAAAAACUAGCGAGGACAUUGUUAGCCCGGAGCUGGGACGGCAGACUUAGGGACAAGGAACCACUUUCUCUUCCUGUAAAAAUCGAGCCGCCGGCAGCCUCAGCCUCGAUCUCCCGAGUCUCAGGGGGGCGCGGACCAGGCGGGGUCCGGGGCUCGCAGACCCGAGGCGACCGCGGCGGCUGCAUCCAGGGACCGCCCCGGAGGGCUGCGCUCCGCUGGAGCAAACGCUGCUCCGCGGCUGCUCCCCGCGCCCCCACGCCCUGUUCCGGGCUCCGCACCUCCGCCCCCCAGACCCGUCGAGGGAGGCGAUCAAAGAGGAGGUGCCGAAGCAGAGACGCUGGAGCCCGGCCAGGCCCCGGGUCGGUGCGCGCGCUCCGUUCCGCCAGCUGUCCCGUGCCGGGGCGGGGCGACCCCAGCCCCACCUCCAGGGCCCACCCCGACCCCUCCCAGGUCCUUCCCUCCCUGCUUUCCCCGGGAGAAACAUGGCCGGGAGCAGUGAAGCGGCGCCAGCAGGGCGAGGCGUAGUGGUUAUGAACGAUUGUCCAGAGUAUGACUUGAAUUUAUUUACAUACCCACAGCACUAUUAUGGAGAUUUGGAAUAUGUCUUCAUACCUCAUGGCAUCAUUGUGGACCGGUUUCCUCCGAACAUGCUUACAGGCUCCAUCAUCCAGGGACAUGAUAUUAUUGAAUAUGUAGGAUGCUGUGAACUUAGGAUCCUGUGUGUGCUUAAAGGAGGUUACAGGUUUGGGGCGGAUCUUAUAGAACAUCAGUCAAAAUUCAGAUAGAUGUGUCUCUAUGUUGAUUUCAUCAGACUAAAAUGUUACAGGAACGACCAGUUCAUGGGCGAGAUGCAGAUGAUCGGUGGUCUUUCAAUACUGGCAGGAAAGAAUGUCCUCAUUGUUGAGGAUGUUGUUGGAACAGGGACCAUGAAAGCGCUGCUCAGCAGCACAGAAAAACACAAGCCCAACACGAUUCAGGUGGCCAGUUUGUUGGUGAAGAGGACACCUAGAAGUCAUGGCUUUAGACCUGACUGUAGGAGUUUUGGGGUUUUGUUUGUUAAUGGGUUGCCUCGUGGUGGUAGUUUGUGUGUAAGAAAUUCCUAUUUGUCGGCAUUCUGUCUGAAGUGGAAGCUGCAUAGUUGCAACAGCCUGCACACCUACUCACAUGCUGGAUUUGAGAUUCUAAACUUAUUUGUGGUGGGUUAUGCCUUAGAUUACAAUGAAUGCCUCAGAGAUCUGAAUCACAUACGUGUGAUCAAUGAACACGGCAAAGAAAAGUAUCGAGUCUAA